AUGAUAACCCUGUGGAUUUGGAGUUUGAUCUUCAGCAUCUUUUGCAAUGUCCAAACUGGUAGACGCUGGGUUACUGCACAGUCCUUCAAAGAGUCACCAGUUUAUCAGCCUAAUAAAGAGCUCAUUGUGGAUCCCGGAGACUCGGCUACUCUGUGGUGUUGUAUUUCUGAAAAAGAAGCUGGAAAACAAAUUGCCUGGUUUAAGCAACCCAAAGGAAAAAAACCUCAGAUUAUAGUAACAAUAUAUAAAACAGCUGGAGAGACAUUUCUCAGUGAACCAUUUACAUCACAGUUACAAAUAGGACGAUAUUUAAACUGUUUUAAUAUGACCAUUUCAAGAAUCAUUCAGUCUGAUGAAGCCAUGUACUACUGUGCCCUGAUAACACCCAACAUUGUGUUUGCAGAUGGGACUUAUUUAAAAAUUAAAGGUGAGCAUGUCACUAUUGCAUCAGAGACAUCUAAACCAGCUCUAAGUGAUCAUUCAUUAAUGUGUGAACCAACACUGCAUGGAAACAGCACUAACACACAAGAGAAAACAGUGCUUGGCUUGGGAAUGGCUUUGGGCUUGUGUGCACUUCUGAUUUUCUGUCUCACUUAUUUCUUACUGAGGAGAAGAAUGGAUGGUCCUAUAGAAACAUUUCCAGGGUUAAGGAAGGAAUCUCAUUUUAACAGCUUGGCUUAUAAAUCUUUUAAACUCAUCAAGUGGAAAGUGCACCGUAGAGGAAUAGACGAUUUGGUGUACACUAAUGUGAUGUAUGGAAAAGUGUAA